AUGGACUUGGUGGUUCUUCAAUGGCUCUUUUUUGGUAGAGUUGCUGGUGGUAUUUAUACAAAAGCUGCUGAUGUUGGAGCUGAUCUUGUUGGCAAGGUUGAGAGGAACAUUCCAGAAGACGAUCCAAGAAAUCCAGCUGUGAUUGCUGACAAUGUUGGAGACAAUGUUGGGGACAUUGCUGGAAUGGGAUCUGAUCUUUUUGGAUCAUAUGCUGAGUCAUCAUGUGCUGCUCUUGUUGUUGCUUCCAUUUCUUCAUUUGGAAACAACCAUGAGUUCACUUCAAUGAUGUACCCUCUUCUUAUCAGCUCUGUGGGCAUUCUUGUGUGUCUUCUCACCACUUUGUUUGCUACUGACUUUUUUGAAGUCAAAACUGUGAAAGAAAUCGAACCUGCUUUGAAAAACCAGCUCAUUAUUUCAACUAUUUUGAUGACAAUUGGUAUUGCACUUGUUAGUUGGAUUGCCCUUCCUUCCUCCUUCACCAUCUUCAAUUUUGGAGUCCAGAAAGAAGUUAAAAACUGGCAAUUGUUCUUAUGUGUAUGUGUUGGUUUAUGGGCUGGCCUUAUAAUUGGAUUUGUAACAGAGUACUACACUAGCAAUGCUUACAGCCCUGUGCAAGAUGUUGCUGAUUCUUGCCGAACUGGAGCUGCAACAAAUGUCAUUUUUGGCCUUGCUUUAGGAUACAAAUCAGUCAUCAUCCCAAUCUUUGCAAUAGCAAUUAGUAUCUUUGUUAGUUUCACUUUCGCCGCCAUGUAUGGAGUUGCUGUUGCCGCCCUCGGAAUGUUGAGCACCAUCGCCACCGGAUUAGCCAUUGAUGCGUACGGUCCCAUUAGUGACAAUGCCGGCGGCAUAGCCGAAAUGGCCGGAAUGAGCCACCGGAUUCGUGAACGAACCGACGCCCUUGAUGCCGCCGGAAACACCACCGCCGCCAUCGGAAAGGGUUUUGCGAUAGGGUCUGCAGCGCUCGUGUCCCUAGCGCUUUUUGGUGCGUUUGUGAGCAGGGCGGAGAUCACAACCGUAGACGUGUUGACUCCCAAAGUCUUUAUAGGCUUAAUUGUGGGGGCCAUGCUUCCGUACUGGUUUUCCGCUAUGACAAUGAAGAGUGUGGGAAGUGCGGCUCUUAAGAUGGUUGAAGAAGUGAGGAGACAAUUCAAUACAAUUCCCGGGUUAAUGGAAGGUACCGCUAAGCCUGAUUACGCGACAUGUGUCAAGAUCUCAACGGACGCUUCCAUCAAAGAGAUGAUUCCUCCGGGUGCUCUUGUCAUGUUGACUCCUCUUAUUGUUGGGUAUUUCUUCGGUGUGGAAACACUCUCUGGUGUUCUUGCUGGAUCUCUUGUCUCUGGCGUACAGAUUGCUAUUUCUGCAUCCAACACGGGUGGGGCUUGGGACAAUGCGAAGAAAUAUAUCGAGGCGGGUGCAUCUGAGCAUGCGAGGUCACUUGGACCGAAAGGGUCGGACCCACACAAGGCGGCUGUGAUUGGGGACACUGUGGGGGACCCGCUAAAGGAUACCUCUGGUCCAUCUCUUAAUAUUCUUAUUAAGCUCAUGGCUGUUGAAUCACUUGUGUUUGCUCCAUUUUUUGCUGCACAUGGAGGUCUUCUCUUCAAGAUUUUCUAAGCUUGAAAAUUUUAGUAACUUUAUCGCUUUUGUUGCAUCUAACUGUUGUUUUGGUCAUUUUAGUGUAUUUUUGGUGCUUUUAAUUUUCUCGAAAUAUGUCCGAUUUAAAGGUUUGAUCAACAAUUAGAAAAUUUUCCUAAAAUAUGUGUGAUUCGGUUAAAAAAGUGUUGUACUUAUCACACUUAUUGGUAAAUCUAAAUGGAACACAGAAA